AGAGGUAUUGCAAAGAACAAGCGAAUCGAAGACUAGGGUUUCCCAUGAUUUAGGUUUAAAUUGAGAAUUUUCUUGAGGCAGAUCUGAUGAUGGAGAUAUCAAUAUUGGAAAUGCUUCUUAAGAAUAUCUCUUCCUUCAUUCUUUUAUCAUCCCGUGAUGAUUUGAGUUGUGAACCAGCUCGUAGAUACUAUAAAAGGAUUGAGGAGAUACUGAACCUUUUGAAGUCCUCCAUUGAUGCUAUUGUCGAUUCAAACAUAAAUCUUGAAGACCCAAUACUCGAUGAGGCAUGUGUAGAAGUGGGUCAAUCUGUUCUUGAGCUAAGAGAAUUAAUGAUGAACUGGAACCCACUGAUGAGUAAAGCUUACUUUGUUCUGCAAAUUGAAGAGUUGAUUUCCAAGACUCAGACUAGUUGUCUUUACAUUUUCAAUCUGCUAAAAUCUUCUCAUCUCCAAGCAUCGUUUCUUGAGAUUUCAGCACAGAAAGUUAAGCAAAUAGAAGGGAUACAAACAUUUUCUGUAAUCACUAAAGCAAUUGGAAGAAAACCAACCUCGGAAAUCCUGGCUGAAAUUUGUGAUGAUUUGAGCUUGAAUUCAAACCAGGAGAUCUUGAUUGAAGCUAUUGCUCUUGACAAAUUGAAAGAACAAGUAGAGUGUACUGAUGAAAUCGAGUUCAUUAAUCAAUUGAUCUUGCUUGUUACACAAAUUCAUGAACGUUUCAUCGAGAUGAAACAAGAACAGAGUUCAAUACCAUCUGAUUUCUGCUGCCCUCUUUCGCUUGAUCUGAUGAUUGAUCCUGUUAUAGUGGCUUCAGGUCAAACCUAUGAACGGAGUUAUUUCCAAAGAUGGAUCGAUCUAGGGCUUGAAGUUUGUCCCAAGACGAGGCAGGCUCUGUCAAACACGAGGCUAAUUCCUAAUUACAACGUUAAGGCAUUAAUCGCAAACUGGUGCGAAAUAAACAACGUAAAGCUAGAUCAAGAUCACUUGAAGUCUUUGAACUCGAAUCUCUCCGGAGUUGAAGUGCAAAUUAAGAACCAUAUAGAGAAUUUGCAAAGCAAUUCAAUUGAGAUCCAACGAGAAGCAACAUACGAAAUCAGGUUACUCGCCAAACAAACUGAUAAUCAGAUCAUCAUUGCGAAUUGCGGGGCAAUCGAAUUACUAGUUAAACUACUCAUAUCCACCGAUCUCAAUGUUCAAGAACAUGCAGUCACAGCACUUUUAAACCUAUCAAUCAACAACGAAAACAAAACCGCGAUCGCCAAUGCAGACGCGAUCGAGCCUCUGAUACACGUUCUUGACACUGGUAAUCACGAGGCGAAGGGGAAUUCAGCUGCGACUCUGUUUAGUCUUUCGGUGAUUGAUGAAAACAAAGAUAGGAUCGGUAGAUCGAGGGCGAUAACAUCGCUGGUAUCACUAUUGAGAAAUGGGACUCUUCGUGGGAGAAGAGAUGCGGCGACCGCUCUUUUCAAUUUAUCGACUUUUCAUGAGAACAAGGGCAGGAUUGUUAAAGCGGGGGCAGUUAAGUAUCUUAUGGAAUUGAUGGAGCCUGGUGCAGGAAUGGUGGAUAAGGCGGUGGCUGUGUUGUCGAAUCUGAGUACGAUUCAGGAAGGAAGAGCUGCGAUUUGUAUGGAAGGAGGGAUUCCAUAUCUUGUGGAGGUUGUGGAAUUGGGAUCGGGAAGAGGAAAAGAGCAUGCGGCUGCAGCUCUUUUGUGUCUUUGUGUUAAUAGCAGUAGGUUUUGUAAUAUGGUUUUACAGGAAGGAGCUGUGCCGCCAUUGGUCGCAUUGUCAAACUCGGGCACUCCUCGAGCGAAGAAAAAGGCUCAGGCACUUCUCAGCUACUUCAGGGAUCAAAUGCAUGGCGGCCGAGGAGGACUCGAGAGGAGAUGAUAUAUGACGUCGAGGAGAUGACGUGACGUAAUCUAAUGCCACGUUAUUCUGGUUAGUUCCGGUUAAUUCGAUCUUAUCAGUACAGACAUAAGGCAACGCCACUCGCACAAAGAAAAAAAAAAAUCAA